UUAGCGGAUAAAUUUUCGAACAUCAAACUACCAAUCAAAAUAAUGCAUUGCCAUUGUACUUAUGGUUUACCAUUAUUUGCUUAGUUGUUUGCAAGUUGUUUCGCUUCUCACACAAUAAAGUAUCAUAAUGAGCGUAUACUCGAAGUCGGAUCUUUCAGAUAAAGGUGUUACUGUGGUAUUAGGUUCUCAAUGGGGUGACGAAGGGAAAGGUAAAUUGGUAGACAUACUAGCACAAGAGGCCGAUGUAUGCGCUCGUUUCGCAGGUGGAAAUAACGCUGGACAUACUAUUGUUGUUAAUGGUACCAAAUUUGCUUUCCAUUUGCUUCCUUCUGGUUUGGUGAAUCCUAAAUGCAUAUCGAUUAUCGGAUCGGGAGUAGUUGUCCAUCUUCCUUCAUUUUUUUCUGAAUUGGAACAAUUAGAAGCGAAAGGAUUAAAUGUUAAAGAUCGUGUUUUUAUUUCGGAUCGCGCACAUUUAGUAUUUGAUUUCCAUCAGAUUGUUGAUGGUUUGAAAGAAAAAGAACUUGGUCGUUCAAGUAUCGGCACAACAAAGAAAGGCAUUGGUCCAGCGUAUUCGUCCAAAGCUUCACGUUCUGGUUUACGAGUUCACCAUUUAUCGAAUCAUCAAGCAUUUGCUGAAAAAUUUCGACAAUUGGUUGCGAACCGAAUGAAACGAUACGGAAAUUUCGAAUAUGAUAUUGAGGCAGAAAUUGAACGGUACAAGGAAUUAGCUAUUCGUCUUCAACCUUAUAUCGUUGACGGUGUAGUUUUCAUGAACAAAUGUAUAGCUUCAAAUCAGAAAAUUCUUGUUGAAGGCGCCAACGCUUUGAUGCUUGAUCUUGACUUUGGCACUUACCCAUUUGUAACUAGUUCUAACACGACUGUUGGUGGCGUUAGCACCGGAUUAGGUAUUCCACCGUCCAAGGUCGAUAAGGUUAUUGGUGUGGUAAAAGCUUAUACGACAAGAGUAGGAGGCGGUCCUUUUCCCACCGAAUUACUUGAUGAAGCUGGAAAAUAUCUACAACAUACUGGCGCAGAGAUUGGUUCCACUACUGGAAGAGUGCGACGUUGUGGAUGGCUUGAUCUAGUGGUUUUGAAGUAUUCAACUCUAAUUAACGGUUAUACUAGUCUCAACUUAACGAAACUUGACGUCCUGGAUAAUCUUCCGGAAAUCAAAAUUGCGACUGCAUAUUUAUUAGAUGGGAAGCCUUUGGAAAGUUUUCCGGCUGAUUUAGAGACCCUUGAAAGAGCCACCAUUCAGUAUGAGACAUUACCGGGUUGGCAAACUGAUAUUUCUAAAUGUCGUCAAUUUUCUGAUUUGCCAAUAAAUGCACAAAAUUAUAUAAAAAUAAUUGAAAAAUAUUUGGAAGUUCCAAUUGAAUGGAUUGGAGUUGGUGUUUGUCGUGAGGAUAUGAUUGAUUUAAAAAAAGAAUUUAAAGCAUGAUGGUGUCAUGUACAAAUAAAUAAAUUAUUAUAUAGAGAAAGAUUGUAUAAUAGUUAUUGUAAUAAUGGAUCAGUACCGUAAUAUCAGUUUAAUUUAAUGGAAAAUAACUCUUUUUUAUUAAAGUAAAAAUUUUCCAAUAAAAUUAAUUUAUUUGUCAGUUUAACGAUAUAUAACUAA